AUGGGAAUCACGAACCUGCUGCCCUUCCUAAAACCGAUCGCCAAGAACACACACAUAAGCAAGUACAAAAAUGAAGUGAUAGGAGUUGACAUCAUGUGCUGGAUCCACAGGGGUCUCAUCAGUUGUGCAUACGAUGUAGUCACGGAUAACUACAAUGACAGCUACUUGAGCUUCAUCGAAAAAAUGCUGGAAUGUAUUAAUCACUACAAUAUAAAGGUAGUCUUCGUUUUCGACGGAGAGGAGUUACCAGAAAAAAAAGCAGAAAAUUUAAUCAGGAAAGACAGGAGAGAAAAAGCAAAGAAGGAAGCACAAGAAAUCAUAAAAUCCGUAGCAAACCCAAGAUCAGACGAGAGGGUCCUCAAAAAAUGCAUACAAGCUAUAAGUGUUUCCAAAGACAUUAUAAACACCGUGAUCCAUUUUUGUAAAAAAAAAAAUAUAGAUUAUAUUAUAUCUCCUUUUGAAGCAGAUGCUCAGUUGUCUUACCUUUGCAGAAUGGGAUACAUUUCUUGUGCCAUAAGUGAAGACAGUGAUUUGCUAGUGUAUGGCUGCCCUCGCGUCUUGUACAAACUGAAAAGCACAGGAGAGUGCGAUGAAAUAAGCUUGAUGCCCAUUGAUGAUCUGAUCGACGUAAACGUGAUUAAUAAAAUUAGGAACCCCCUCUCGGAUUCGUUUAACGAGUUUUACAUCACCCCGAUGAAGGAGAGUCGGAAGGAUGCAGAGGGGGGGUACUCAGGUGGGGAAGAACAUAACGUGUCAGAUUGGGAACAGAAUAACGCAUCAGAUUGGGAACAAAAUAACGUGUCCGAUUGGGAACAAAAUAACGUGUCCGAUUGGGAAAAGAACAACGUGUCCGAUUUGGCCGAACGCCCCCCUACGCGCUCGCAACGACGGACGCGCCACCGUGCCGCGGCAAAACGGAUCCCUGAGCAGAAAAAAAAAAGCUACCGCAAAGUGAUGAAGGAGUACCUGGACCACUUCUACUGGCCAGAAGAAUUAGACAAGCUAAAGCAUUUCAGCAUAGAUAUGUUCCUGGCGAUGUGUAUACUAAGUGGCUGUGACUACACAAACGAUUUUCACAUCACAGGAAUGGGAAUCAAAACUGCCUUCAGUUUAAUCAGCCAAUACAAAACUAUCGAAAAUAUUUUCUCAUUCCUCAUUUCACAUGAUAGAUGGAAGCGUAAAAUACCGCCCAAUUUAAACACCCUAGAAAAGCUGCUCAGUAAAUAUGAAGAAAUUAAAAAUGCCUUCUUACAUCACCAAGUGUAUGAUUUUAUUCUGUGCCAGAAUAUCCCAAUCAAUCAGUCCUUCAAUAGUGCACUAAAGAAAAAUGAAAAUAAACUCCUCAUUAAUAAAAUACGUGACUUUUCCCUCAUAUAUGACAACAGCAAGAGGAGGGGAAAUUGCCUGAACGUAUACUCGGAGGACCUCUCCAGUGGUGCCAGCGAGGGGGGAAGCAACUUACUUCCUCAUGGGAGCGGCAGUUCGGAGAGAUGCACCGAAAGGAGUACAAGAGGUGAAGAAAAGGUAGAUAUCGCAAAGCAACACUACCCCAAGGACAUGCUCAAAGGAAAUGCUUCUCCAGAAUCACCCAGCAAGAGAUCCCCAGUUCCACCAAAACAAACUGCCAUAAAGGAACAUCCCUACUUAGACAAACCGAACAAUUUCGAAAAUAUUUUUAAAAAUUUAACAUCCGAAUGUUUAGAAUAUUUGGAGAUAUCCCCCGAACUGUUCAGGAAUUGUCACGAGGGGCAAAAUGAUCUGAAGAAGCAGAAGGGAACACGCCACGAGGGGGCGGGGGGACACCCUCUUGGCAGAGACUAUGUGGAGAGUGCUCAAGAGGGUUCCCAUGGGUCAAGCGGUUGGAUAAGUGGCUGGCAAAGCGGUAAGGAAAAUUACGUAGCAUGCCACCCCGGAGAGUACCGCCCAAACGUAAUAGCCAAACAGGAAUCGCCCAAAGGAGACACGCAGACCCGCUCUCCCCUGUACCCAAGAGGAACCAUCCAGACGGCCAAUUUGUGGUCCCCCAUGCAAUGCACCAAAUUGAGCAAAAUUGGUGAUUCCCCCCGUAGUAACAGCUGCGCGUACGGAAGGGAGUACACGAACGAUGAGGAUGAGGAAGGAGUGCUGAGAAAUCAAAACGAUUCAAAAGAUACAGUCCAGCCUAGCGAGCCCCCCGCAUACAACUCCAGAAAUGAUCUACCUAGAGGAAAGGAAAAAACAAAAUUGAGCAAGCGGAAGGGGAACCACGUCGACUCAGUUAAUUUUAAGAAAACGAAAAGGAGCGUCGCAUCCUCCCCGCACACAGGUGACCAAACGUGGAGCAACUUGUUGGACGAAAAGGAACCCGAUUGCAGUAAACGAUCGGGCCAAAAUCAUCCUGGCGAGAUUCUCGAAAACACAAAGUGGAUAUCGCAAUCAGGUGACAACUGUCAAGGGGUGGCUCGCCUUAAAAGAUGCACCGCGCACGGGAUCGACACGAACAUUCAGGAGGAUGCAACAAAGGGGAAUCCGCAGAAGCAGCAGAAAGAAGAAGAAGCAGAAGGAGAAGAAGGAGAAGUCACCAACCAAACUGGAGGAAUGAACAGAAAGAAAAGCGCAAGAGUUAUGUACCAAAAUAUGAAGAGCAGCUUCCUUCUAUUCAAAACGUUGGAUGGGGAGACAAACAACCAAAUGGGAUCUUCAACGACAGAAUUGAAACGUAACUCCACACAAGAGAAGGUGGAAUGUGCACACGUGAGGGAGAUUCAAGGGAGGAGUAAGGCCGAGCGGCCUGAUGAAGAAGGAGGGAGUUCCGUGGAAACCGACAUUUGGGACCGGAAGGACGAAAUGAGAAGCGACGCGCAGGGAAAAACAAUCAGCAAACCGAUCGCCGAACAGACCAGCGACGUGAAAAACGAAAUAUACCAAACGUACUUCAAAUCGGAAAGGAGCGACCACCCCUCAGACGUUUUCUCCCCAUGCAAAAGUAAAUCCUCCGCGGUGAACGAAAAUCGCAGGAACCAAUUGAGGAUAACCAACUUUUUCAAAAAGUCGGAACGAAAAAUCCCCAACUUGGAAGGCAACAAGGGGGGUAAUAAUAACACCUUUCCGUUGAGCCAACCCACAAAUGGUUCCCCGAGUGGCAAUGGAAAGUACUCCCUUUCAAUUAACAACUCGGAAUCAGCGAAUAAAGAACAGCGGCGAAUAAACUCCCCAAACGAAUUAGGCAUAUAUGAGAGACGAAUGGAUGGGAUAAUGACCAAGUAUAGGCAUAGGUUCUCUCUACAGAGAAACACAGAACAACAAGGAGUGGAGCUUCCGUACGGGGGCCAAGAGGUCCAUGACCAAGACGCCCACGAAACAGACAUCCACGAAAAAGACGCCCCCAAAACAGACACCCAUGACGAAUAUGUGUUCCUGAAAAAUCUGCACAACUGCGGAUUGAUAAAAGAUCCGAACAGAAAGGAGUCCCCAAAAUGGGUCGUCAAAGGUGGCCAGACCUGGGACGAUGGUGUGAGCAGAGGGGAUAGAGCCGACCAGGGCGAGGUUCGCCAGAGUGAUCACCAUAAUGAUCAUCCUAACGGUCACCACAGUGAUCACCAUAAUGAUCACCCUAACGGUCACCACAGUGAUCACCAAAAUGACCGCCCGAACGAUCACCACAGUGAUCACCAUAAUGACCGCCCUAACGAUCACUCUAUGGAUCACCCUUACGAUCACCAUGAUCGGCCCGUCCUCGGAGACGCUCCCCACGCCGACCGCCCAGCCGAGAAAAAGGAAAAGCAAAAAGAAAUUAACCUGGAGUAUAUCCUUCAAAACCUCAACUACAACUACCACCCGCGCAGCCACAAAAUCAACACCUUUGACUACUUCAAGGAGAAGGAAAACCUACCCCCCCCUAACCCCUACCAAACAUACCAAAACUGCAUCUUUAAAAACGCAACCCUAAAUGCUAAAUAA